CAACUUGACGUCCGAAAGAGCACAGUUUAGCCACUACCAAGCAUAUAUACUGUGCAAACAAUGUAAUAUAAUUCAUUUAAUUUUCCCUCAGCAUAUAGAACAAAGACAGAUCUAGACCGCGCGGAACACCGAGAGUGCGGCCAAAAAAGCAAAUACAAAUUAUUCAAAAGCGAAUACAAUCUUGAUUCAGUACGGCACGAAGCGCCGCAUCGUUAGUACGUAGCCGUAGCCCUUCAAUAUAAUAUAUUUGUUAAUAAUGCCGUCUUGUGUUUUUAAACAUUGCAAAAACUCUUCCCAGAACCAAAAGAAAGAAGAUGGAAUAUCUUUUCAUAGAUUCCCAAGGGAUCCAGUUACACGCAAUGAUUGGGUCUCUAUUAUACGUAAAAGCAGACAAGAUGACUAUUGGCGUCCAUCAAAAUAUUGUGUUGUCUGCUCAUCGCAUUUCAAAGUAGAACAGUUCUACUACACCGAAAAAGGUCGUCGGUUGGUAAAAAAAAAAUCAAAACCGUCACAAAAUUUGUACGGGCCGCCACGAUCACUGCAAAUAACUGAAGUUCCAAAGAAUAUAAAAUGCGAAGUUGAAGAAGGAAUUUCUUCUCUAUCUAAGACUACUAAACUACCGGGAUCAUCCAAUGAAUCCCAAAAUGUUGUAAGAGAAACUGCAGCCUCAUAUUUAUUAGAAUUUAGACCACAACCAGAAAAAUUAACUGAAAUAAACGCUGUAGACCAUGGAAUUAAAGCUUCGGAUUUAGAAUCUAGAUUCGAUACUCCUACAAAGGAUAUGUUGAGAAAAGAAUUAAGAAAAAACCAAUUAUUCAAAUUAAAAACGAAGCGAAAGCUGAAAACAUUACAAGAAGAAGUUCGGCGAUUAAAAAACAUAAACUGUUCAUUAAGAAAUAUUAUAAAGGACCUAAAAAAAGAGAAUAUUGUAGCAACAUAACUAUUUUAUAAGUUAAAUAUUCGCAACUCCGGCAAAAAAACUAAAAUACCUGCUAUGCGAACGUUAAUUUUUUAUUCUAAAGGAUACGGGUACGUCACGUCAGACAAACGUUCAAUAGUUGCCUGCUUCAUCCAAAAACUUUGUCGAAAUGGUACACACACGUUAAAAGUGAAACUGGAUUUACUGAAGAGGCUUUCUCAGCAUUACAGAAAAUGGCAGAAGCUUCUUCAUACAAACUUAUUAUUUUUGUUCGCUCAUGUUCAUUUGUUGUAUGGCAAACAGUACCUAUACAGUGUGGAAAUUUUCGAUGGGCCCUGGAGGAAAAGUACUUGAAAUACAAAAGAUAGCCAAUUUUACUGAAAGGACACAUUACCCUAUUUUUAAAAAGAAAUAGAACUGCAUUUAAAGAUUUAGGAACAUUCACUUGCUUCGAUCGGUAACUCGAUCGAUCGAACUAACUAAAAAUUAACUACUAGGUAUAUACUAAUAAUAAUAUGUGGGUACAAUACGAAAAGUCGUAAAAGAUGGUAGACCAACUUACGUCAUCACGCGAUUUUGUAAAAAAAGUUCUUCGAACUGAAACUUUAAAAAAUAUAGGUAUCAAGCACAGAGCAAGUAGGUAUCAAGUAUAAAACAUAUUUUUGAGGGUCUUAUAGAAAAUGAGAAAUGUUUAUUCCAACAUACAAAUUGAACCAGGAUCAUCUCGAAAUAGUUAAUUAUUUUACAUGGAGUUUAUAAUGAAAACCCCAAUCUAAAACAGUUUAAGGUUAUUUAUCGAAAAUUAUUAACGCGUUUGGAAAUUCGUAGUCUAGAAACUAGAAAGUACAGCAAUAUUGAGGUGUUCUUCUGGUACUGAAAUGAUUAAGUUAACAAAAUUCUAAUAUCUAUUGUUGAUCACACCCCAAGUUUUCUUUAAAAAAAAAUAUUUAAUGUACUGUUUUGACUUUCUUAAGUACCACGAUUUUAUUUCUUAUAUGUAUAGAUUUGGCAGAAUAUUUAGAC